GGCAUCGCAUCGCAGUAUCAUUCUCCUCUCUCACUCGCAUCACCACCACCACCUGUGGAGUGGAGUGGAGAGAGCGAGAGAGCGAAUCCAUCCCCUCUCCUCUCCUCUCGUCUCCACCUGACCUGACCUGACCUGCGCAGCCAGGCAGCAGCGGCCAGUGGAGGACCGCCCGCCCGCCUAGGGUUUCUUUCGCCUCCCACGCCGCGCCCCCAUCUCGACCGCAUCGCCAUGGCCGACGCGGACGAGCUGUCCCGGAGGCUGGCCGCCGCGGACCAGGACUCCGACGACGCCGCCGGCACCAGCAACCUCUUCCAGGUGAUGCGCGCCGUCGAGGACGCCGAGGCCACCAUCCGACACCAGCUGGAGGAGAACAGCCGGCUCAAGGAGGAGCUGAUGCGCAAGACCCGGGAGCUGGACAGAAUCAGGUCAGAGGCCACAAACCAAACCUCUUCAGGUGGUCUUCUGGAUCAGGACCGGGCUGUCGAGCCCUACAGAGACUCGGUGGGGAAUAAGACGGCAGAGGACCAAAGAUUGCUCGGCACCUCUUCUUCGCCGCCGAGCUCUCAGGGCACUCUGCCUGGUCACCAGAAUGGGGCUGCCGAACGUGGGGAGCAGACGUUGCACGAUGCCGUGAUGAAACAACAGUAUCUGGACAGCGACCAGCCCGGUCGAGUGUCCAGAAAGCCAUCGGGGGAGCACAUCGCUGCCGAGGCUGGCGUGCGGUCUCACUUCUCUACCCCGUCGUCUCGGUCCCUCUCACCCACUAGGAACCGCAAGGAAGGAGAGUAUGAUUCUAGGCUCACUUUAGCUGGGCAAGGCAUGGAGAUGAGCUCAAACGUCAUCUGGAAGCAGGAUCUUCUUGUUAAGGUUAAAGAACAUGAAGAAGAGAUUGCACAUUUAAGAAGACAUCUUGCUGACUACUCAGUGAAGGAAGCCAAAAUACUUAAUGAGAAACAUGUUCUGGAAAAGCGCAUUGCAUAUAUGCGAAUGGCAUUUGAUCAGCAGCAACAAGAUUUGGUUGAUGCUGCAUCAAAAGCUUUAUCCUAUAGGCAAGACAUCAUCGAAGAGAACAUCCGUCUGACAUACGCAUUGCAGGCAGCACAUCAAGAGAGAUCAACUUUCGUAUCUUCUUUGUUGCCUAUUCUGUCAGAAUAUAAUCUGCAGCCUUCUGUUCAUGAUGCUCAAUCAAUUGUUGGCAAUCUCAAGGUUUUGUUUAUGCAUUUGCAAGAGAAACUCAUUAUUUCUGAGGAGAAACUGAAGGAAUCACAGUACCAGAUUACUCCUUGGCGUGCCGAAUCUUCAAAUAAUACAAGUGGUCCUGCGCAGUCACCUCCUCCUGGAAAUGCAUUGGUGGCUUCUAACCAACCCAGCCUUGACAUUGUGCCCCAGCAAGCAUAUUCUCAUGUACAAUCUCCAAUUUCUUCUCCCGUCCGAGCUAGACGGGAUUGGGAUUUACUGGCAAAUGACAACCGACAGGUCGUCCCAGCUGAGGCUGCUGCGACAAAUACAGAGCAUGGCAAUGCUGGAAGGGCCUCUCCUCCAAACAGCAACCAAAUUACCAAGGAUGCUUCAACGCAAGGAACUGAGCGUGAUUCUCGUGCUGUACGAUUUAACCUUGAAUCCGAGGAUCAAAACCCAUCAUUCACGGACCUUGUUAGGAGUGAUGUAUCAGAAAAUCUCGAGGGAGCCGAAACCCAAGCUUCACCUAGCUCGGCAUCUGGCCCCGAUGAUGGAAACUUGCCUUACCCUUAUCUUCCUACUGUCCUCGAGGAGCCCAGUACUUCUUUCUCUGAAGUUGCAGAGGAUGACCCACUGCCAGCCAUAGAUGGGCUAAGAAUCACAGGUGAAGCUUUUCCUGGAAAAGAACUUCAAGCAAGUGGGUAUUCCAUCAACGGGACCACAAGUUGUAAUUUUGAGUGGGUACGCCAUUUAGAAGAUGGAUCGGUAAAUUACAUAGAAGGUGCAAAGCAGCCCACGUAUUUAGUUACUGCUGAUGAUGUGGACUCUUUACUAGCCAUAGAGGUCCAGCCUCUAGAUGACCGGAAAAGAAAGGGGGAGAUCGUGAAGGUUUACGCUAAUGAGCAGAGAAAAAUUACUUGUGAUCCUGAAAUGAAGGAGCUCAUCAAGAAAAUUCUUUCUGCUGGACAUGUGUCCUAUGAAGUUCUACUACCUGUUAGAUUUAUAGAUAUGUGGGAACCUGCGGUAUUGGCAAUAAAGAGGGAAGGCUACAGCAUCAAGUGUAAUGGACAGCGUGGCGUUGUUAUCACAGAGAAAUUCCAGCAAGCUACGGCGAUCAAUAUCCCGUAUGGACACCCUACAGAGUUUUCGAUCCAGUCUGCCGAUGGUGCCGAAUACAACCUCAAGCCUGGAGAAAACUCCCCGUGUGUUUUGAGUUUGAAACCAAGUCACCGCUAUCUUAUAUCUUACAUUUGUGUUGAUGUUCAACUGAUGAGAGAGAUACACCCUGCAGGUCACGGGAUAGCAUCGUGCUGAUACUACGGCUCUUCAGAAUGAAGGCCAUCGAGAAGAGUAAAGGAAGAAAGAAGGGCAUCUUCUUCAAGUAGGGUAGGGGGGAGUCGAGUAGAUGGCUCGUGUUGCUUUAUUUCCUCCAUUGUAGCUAUUCAUUCAUUUGGAUGCGGUGUUGCUUUAUUUCCUCCAUUGUAGCUAUUCAUUCAUUUGGAUGCGGUCGUAGCGCGAUUAUUAUUAUUCUUGGUUGUAGAAAGAAAGAGAAUGAAGGAGGAUUAGGUAUGUAGUAGCACUAGUAGGUGGCUAACUAGCUAUAUAGUAUCUGGGUUCUCAUUCCUGUGAAUGAUGUAUUAUAUUUAUGUUGUUGCAGUUUAUAUGUAUUGUAUCUAUCUAUCUAUCUAUCUAUCUAUCUAUCAUCUGCCA